GGCCGGACGCGGUCUACCGGGAGAGAAAUCGUGUUUAUCAUUGGCGUCAUGCCGUCUUGUCGCUUUGUCUUGCUUUCUUUAAAUGUAUUGGGCUUUUUCUUUUCUUCGCAGAGACGUUACAACCCUGGAUUCUGAACUUUCGAGACCCAGGACAGUCCGCCUUGAGAAGUGAAGGAAGAAAGAAUUUGAAAAGGAAGGCAAAGAAAACUGGCGGACUUGAGAACAAUCAACACAAGAAUCCUGUCUUUCGCAAGCCUGCUUUUCCUGAAGCACCCCGACUGGAAUCAUGGGCCAGAAGGAAGCCCGAGGGACCGAGGAUGGCCGUCAUCCUCGCCAAACCCGCGUCGCCAUAGUCGGCACCGGCUUAGCAGGCCUCACCACAGCCUAUCUCCUCCACAAUGACGACCGAAAACGUUAUGCCGUCACCCUUUUUGAACAGUCUGACCGUCUCUCCUUCGACUCGGCAUCCGUCGCCGUACGAAACGAAGAGACCGGCUCAGUCGAGCGCGUCGACCUGCCCAUGCGUGCCUCGGCAGGAGGCUACUACGCCAACCUCUUGCGCAUGUACUCCCACCUCUCCAUCCCCCUACACCCCGUCCGCUUCCUCUUCGUCUUCGCCAAGGCCCUGUCGUCCUCCGCGACCUCACCCCAGCCCUCCUCCCAUCAUCCGGGCUCGAGUGCCGCCAACAACCUAGCAACGAGCGCGCCGGGAACCUACUUCGUCCACGCCUCCAACCUGCACCAAACCCCACCCCCCUGGCCCGGCUCCCGCCCCGUCCUCCUCCACCUCCUCGAGACCCUCUACCUCAUCGUCUGCCAGUUCUGGUUCACCGCGGCCUGCUUCCUCGUGGGCCCGCAGCCCUCCGAGUCCCUGGGCGCCUACCUGUCCCGCGUCUGGCUGCCCCGUCGCUACGUCUCGCACUACCUGCUGCCGCUCAUGAGCAGCGUCUCCACCUGCUCCCACGACGAGAUGCUGGCGUUCCCCGCCAGCGACGUCGUGGCCUACAAGCGCCUCUCGCACGGCCAGCAGCAUUACGCCGUGUGUGGCGGCGUGCGCCAGGUCCAGGCCCGUCUGGUGGCCGGGUUGCGGGACGUGCGGCUCGGUGCGCGCGUGGUGGAGGUGGUGCCGCGUGACGCGGGGAAGAACGGGACGAGAGGCAGUGCGGGGGUGACGGUACGGUGGCGGCCGGCGAACAAGCAGUGGGUUGAAGGGAAAGGGGUAGAAGACGAGACCAAAGAGGAGACGUUCGACCGCGUCGUUUUGGCCGUUUCGCCUGACGUAGCCGCACGCAUUUUCCGUCCUCUGCGAUCUACGCUCGCUCAGCUCCCGACCGUAUGGGUGGAGACUUCCGUGUUGCGGCCAAGCAUCAUCCCCGCCUCCUCCUCCUCCUCCUCCUCCUCAUCAUCAUCAUCAUCAUCAAAACGCGAAGGAACCGGCGGCCCGGAGACCUACUACCGCUUAAUCGACAAAGACAACGACAGCGAGAGUCAACCAGGCGGAGAAGAAGAAGGCUGCAUGCACCACCACCUCGUCGGCGCCGACGCGUCUCCCCCGCCCCAGUCGAUCACUUUUCGCACGCGCUUCUCCGAGGCCGGGUCUCGGUCGGAGGUCCUUCACGUCAUGCCCAGCGGAGUCGUGGUGAGCACGUGCCCCUUCGAUCCCGAUGCCGACCGGAAGAGGACGUUGCAGACGGCGCGGUUCACGCGGACCUUGCGAACGGUCCAGAGCCGGGCCAUCGUGCAGAGGAUGCUGGGUGAGACGGACGGAGUAGCGGCGGAGGGAGGCGCGGCGGGAUGGGUCAGUGGGGAGGACGAUGUUUGGGUGACGGGCGCUUGGUGCUGGGACGGCAUGGUUCUGCUGGAGGGGUGUAUCGUGUCGGCUAUGCGAGUGGCCCGUGAUUUUGCCAUAGGCUUUGUCGGAGGCGCAGCGGCGACAGUUGUUCUCAUUGCCCUCGCCGCCUUCGUUUUCCUACGCACAAGCGACAUCUACGGCCUGGCGCAUUGGAAGCUCAAUAUCCGGACACCACUUCCUUCUAUAUCAUACAGGAAGAAGCAAGACGGCGAACGCAUCAUCCACUUCGACGAGGCAGCCGCCAACCUGCUCAAAGAAGUCGUGAGCACCGCAGGCCUCUUAGACCGCGACGCCGCCGCCCGCCGCUCCAAACGCAAUGAAGCACUCGCUAUCCUGGACCUUGGCUUCGGCUGCGGCGACCAAACCUGGGAACUCGCCCGCAUGGUCCGGUCCGGAGGCUGGCACGACUUCCGCUACGUCGGCCUCACUCUAAACGAGGCCCAGGUGCAGACGGCCUCACGCAAGAUCUGCCGCGAAAUAGCUACCUUGGACACCCAACUCGAACACCCUGACGAGACCACCACGACCGCUACCCCCACCACCCCCACAACUUCGUCCGGCCUGACCCUCCGUGUCGACGCAUUCCACCUCUUCCGCGCCGACGCCGCCCGCCCAACAACCUGGUCCCCUCGCGUCCGGGAAGCAGUCGACUCCCUAUCCGACGACGAAAACGGAAACGACCGCACCACCACCUCCCGGUGGCUCCUCGCCCUCGACUGCCUGUACCACUUCUCGCCCUCGCGCGGCCCCGUCUUCGAAUACGCCGCGCGCCGCCUCCACGCGAACCUCAUGGCCUUCGACCUGCUCCUCAGCGAGACCGCCCCGGCCCGGGACGUCUGGGCCGCCCGCGCCGUCGGCGUCUUCAUGGGCUGCCCGCUGCGCACGUUCGUCACCGAGGCCGAGUACCGCGACCAACUCGUCGCCUGCGGCUACGACGGGGAGUCGGCCACCAUCCGGGACGUCACAGACGACGUGUUCGCCGGGUUGGUGGCUUUCCUGGACCGGCAGGAGCGGGCGUUGGGACAGUACGGUAUUUCGUUGGGCGGGUUCAAGCUAGCUGCGAGAUUGUUCCGCUGGUUUGCCGAGUCGAGGGUUGUUAGAGCCGUUAUAGUCGUAGCUCAUCCCAAGGAGAAAUGA